CCAAAGGUGGCGCCACUGGUUCUACUGAGCGAAACUUAACCUGAGAUCUUCCACUCCGCUUUCAAGAGUAACAAGCGGUUCCGUCCGUCGGUGUGCCGCUAAAUCAUAAGUCGAAUAAAACCGUAAAUUGUACAUCUCAAAAUGCAAUCCGAGGUGAUCCCAGAGCUCGGCGACAAGAAGUCAUACGCCGGCAUUCCCGAAGCUGACUUUGUUGACGAUGUCGAUGCCUUCAUGAAGGACAAUGAAAGCUCCGAUGUAGUACUAAAGAAACUCGAUGAACAACACUCCAAGUACAAAUGUAUGGAGUAUAACCUGGUUACCAAGAAAAAAAGGUUGAGGUCUCAAAUACCAGACCUGAAAAGGUCUCUGGUGAUGAUUGAAAAACUGCAAACCCAAAAGGAAGAGUUUGCAACAGAAUAUCUGCUUAGUGAACAAGUGUUUCUCAAAGCUGUUAUUCCUCCAACAGAGAAUGUAUGUUUAUGGCUGGGUGCAAAUGUAAUGCUUGAGUAUUCGCUAGCUGAUGCCAAAGAUCUGUUAAGCAACAAUAUGAAAAUGGCAACGAAAAAUCUUGGAUGUGUUGAACAUGAUUUAGACUUUUUAAGAGAUCAAUUAACUACAACUGAAGUAAACAUGGCUCGUGUUUACAACUGGGAUGUGAAAAGACGUCAAGCUGCAAAGCUCGCUGCCGCUGCCAAGUGAUCAAAGUGAUGGUAGGUGAAAACAGACUCAAACAAUUCUAUAUAAAACAUGCAAUCACACAUACACACUGUACUAGGUGAUAUUAUAUAUUCAUACAUACAUAAAUAAGUGCUUUCUAAAACAAAAACAUUGUGGGUAUUUGCAUUUAUACUAAGCACAUCAACAAACUACACGAACACGAUCUAUUAAACUGGAACAUGGAACGUAUAUAAAAUGCUCUUUUCUAUUUAUGUACUUGUUAUUAUAACUGUUUGUGUUUGCUCAUGUUUUUAUUUCUAUUGCUGAGGGCAGAAGAGCGAAUUUAGAUUUAUUUACUUCAGGCCUGUAUUAUUUGAAUUACAAGAAAUUACAUUUGCUUUGCACAAUACAUAAUAUUUUAAAAACUCA